AUGAUGGCGACGGGGCUUCUCCGCUUCCACGUUCCUCUCCCUUGCUGUAGUCACUACGUCAAUCUCCCUUCCAACUCGUCGUCCAGUUUCUCCUCUGUUCUUCCCGUAACGGGUCUUCCAGCGGCGUCCUAUCGCUUCCAAGGUCCGUCAGUCCAUGGCCCGGGGGAACACGAACCCCAAUGCUACAGUGUUUUUGUAUGGGAUUUCACAAUGUCUGUGAUCUUGUGAAGAACAGUCGGAUUUGGGAGCUGAUGCCAUCUUCCUUUCUCUGUUGCACAUUAUUUCAGGUGGGAGGAUCGAGAUGAAGAAGAUAGCCCGGCAGAAUGUCAUCUUCUGCGCUUCUGGUAGUAGUUCUCUGAAGGAGGUCUGUCGGAGAAAAUUCCGCAAAAAUUAUGAAAUGCAGUUGAUAAUUUUGAAUAGAGAAAUAUAUCCGGGAAUUUUUUAUAUUUUAUAUUUUGUAUUUAUCAUGGUUAUCCAAAUGCAGAGUACUGUGGUAGUGAAGGAAAAGAGUGUCUCGGUGAUCCUUCUGGCAGGCGGGAAAGGGAAGCGAAUGGGGGUACUACAGCUUCUUUUGUUUGUUCUCCUUUACAGCUCCUUUUUCUAUUAGUCUCUCCGUUUCGGAGAAUUUCCCAAAAAUAGAAGAGUGCUGGUGCAUUCUAUUGUUUCCAUAGGCCUCAGGGCGAGCAGGAUGUCUUUCUUCGUUUCUCUCCGUUUCAUCUGUUGAAGAAUCAGAUACAAUUCCCUAUACCAAUUCAUUUGUCAGCAUUCUCAUCCGAGUCCAGAGAUGGAUAGUGUUUUGGAAAAAAAUGUUAACCAUUAAUAUAGUGAUCCUUGUUUACUCAUUCUACUUUCUUGUUGAAAGUCGUAACGUUCUUUACUGCAGGCUGAUAUCCCGAAGCAAUAUCUUCCACUCCUUGGUCAACCAAUUGCACUUUACAGGUAAAUUCUUGACAUACUCUUUACUUCACUAGUGCCUGUUAUCUGAAUGAAAAUAUUUUUUUCUCUGCAGCUUCAAUAUUUUAUCUUGCAUGAGUGAAGUGAAGGAAGUAAUUGUAGUAUGUGAUCCUUCAUACAGAGAGGUGUUUGAAGGUAUGGAAAAACACUUCGACCCUAUGCCCAUCUUGAAUAUUUCUUGUCCUUUAUGGUAUUCUCUUAACCUUUUCUCUUGUCAGUAUUUGAGUUCUAAAUUGAUGAGAUUUAUCCUUUAAUUUUGUUGAUACAUUGUAUGGUUUUUACUUGUUCACAGAUGCAGUAGAAUCACAUGCAGAGCUCAAAUUUGCACUGCCUGGGAAGGAGAGACAAGAUUCUGUGUUCAACGGGUUUCAGGUUCGAUUGGAACCUAUAAAUUUAUUCCAUAAUUUGACUGAAUAUUUGUCAUAGAAAUCCUCCCUUAUGAUCAAUGAUAAGUAAAGCUAAGCAACAGAUAUAUUCCUAUAAUGUUGUAUCACCCUUAUUAAAAGCCUGCUCCAUUUCAGGCCUUCAGAUGUCAAUAUCAAUGAAAUAUCUGUGAAAUUCAGAUGUAUUUGAAUAUCUAUGAAAUUGGUCCUUACCUUGCUUCAAAUUAAACUAUGUAUGAUGUCAAAGUAUGCCUUCCAAGAGUCCACAAUUUCUAUGGUUUCUUUUCCUUUUUCUGUGAUCUAUCUCAGAAUGUUGUUUUUAAACUUUGAACGUCCCAGGUUCAGGUUGUUAACAAACGUUAACUUUUAACCCAAUUUGCUAGUAUUCUAAAAUUCAAUCCUUCAAUCCUUCUAGUAUCCAAUUUUCAGAUGAGCUUCAGCGUCUUGCAAUGUUUAGCCAAUAAUCAUUCAAUUCUGUUAAUCCAAUGAGCUGAAGUUCAUGGAUAAUAUAUCUUGUUGUCUUCCAUUUCAUUGAUGUGAAUUAAAAUGUGGCAGUGUUGACCUUAAAGUCCCUUUUGAUGUCAUAUCAUCCAGUUACUCAGCGGGGUCAUCUACCUUUUUUUACAGGAAAUUGACAGAAGUGCUCAACUUGUUUGCAUCCAUGAUUCAGCAAGACCUCUGGUAUUGUUUGAAGAUAUCAGAAAGGUAUUUCUGAUUCAUCUGAUUUGACAGGCUUCGGUCCCAAAGUCAUUCCCACGAGUCCUGAAUGUGAUAUUCCCAGAAAAUUUUUUGGUACAUCCUUUGAUAACUAAUCUGUAUGAACCAGGUAGUUUGGCUCGAAGACAUUGUAACUCCAUGUGAUUGUUUCAAUCAAUGUUUAGUUUGUCUUAUGGUAUUGUCAUCCUGGAGGUGAAGACUCCAAGAAUAAAAUAUCACAUGCGUUAUAUUCUGAAAGAAAUACUUUUAAGGUAUUAACUGUAUUGAAAUUGGUAUUUGUAUGUCUCCUUUGAAAAUUUCAUGUUUCCUCCAUCUUUUGCUUUCUUUUUUCGAAAUUUUUGUAUCACGAAUAUAGAGAUGUAAAUUAAUCCAACAGGCUGUUAGGUGACAUUCGUAAUAGAAAGGACUCUGUAGUGACAACUGUACAACAAGCCAGAGUUAUUGAAAAUUAGUGGCAUACAGGUUCUUUUAAUAGAAAAGGCUUUUUAACUGAAGAAUUCAGGAUAGAAAGGGUUUCACAUCUGUUGCCGUUUCUAAAUAACUUUCAUGUUUUUUUUUUGGAUUUAUCCUCGUUUUAUUAAUUCUAUAUGGAAUAUGUAGCACGAUUUUACAAUUAUGUGUUAAAUAGUGAUGCUUAUUUUAAUUUAUUACAUUUUCCUUUGGUCGAUAAAACAUCAUGUAUUUUUCCUCAUUAUCAUGGGCAUUUACGUCAAUUGAAAUUUCAAUAAAAUGCCUUUUCAGGUAAUGUUUAAAAUUCCUUAUUGCUAUCGGCCAUAUGGAUAUGUUGCUGUGUAUUUCUUUAUUCUGUAGAAUCUUAUCAAUUUAAUGUGUUUUGAUGCAUUCUCAUUGUCAGGUUCUAGUUGACGGUUUGCUGAAUGGGGCAGCUGUUCUUGGUGUUCCUGUCAAGGCUACGAUCAAGGAAGUAUGUAGCUCAAAAUCGGAUUGUUCCAUUACCAUAAGCGCAAUGUUGAUUCCAAAAGAUGCAUAUGCGAACUACGACAUCUGUUAGCGUUUUUCUUAAAACUAAAUUUUAAGUUAAAUUUCAUCAUGCAGGGAUUUAUUUAGUAAUUUAUGUUGGAAUGAUGUUUGGUAGUUAUUUACAAUUCCUUUUUAUUUCUAGAAGCAGAUGAUAACUCUGCUAGUUGAAACCUUGGGGCUUAAUUUUAUGUGCUAGGUACCAUUUCUCAAUAUUCUUGAUUAAGAAAUUUUAGUUCCUAUCUCUUUGGUACAUUUAGAAGCUGUGGUUAGAAGCUCUUCAGGAAUGCAUGCUUUAUCUUCCUGAGAGCUCGCUAGCUAUAUACAUCUAAGUACUGUUUAUGCUUCUCUGAUUUAGUGAAAAUCAAAGGUGAAUGGUGAAGUUGACAUCACAGCUAUAAUAUCAGUAGAAGAUGCAAUGAGUUGCCCAUAAAGUUGGUGGAUCGAGUGUCCAAUCUUGUUGUAGGUUGCUCAUAUGCGAGUUGGUUCCCCAGGUUAUUCGGUGUAUUUAGUUUGAAUUAAUUUUUGAGAUCACAUCCUUAGAAUCAGAAUGCAUGUUACCUUGUCUUCACCUCCUGUUAAAAGGGAUGACAUAACUGACCUCAUUCCUGUUGUUACUGUGCAGGCUAACAGCGAGUCCUUUGUAGUUAAGACACUUGACAGAAAAACACUAUGGGAAAUCCAAACCCCUCAGGUUAUUCACAUAGAUUUUUAUCUCAUUUUUUUUGAUAGAUUUGCUUGUUUUAUAGUUUCUGAUGCAUGACUACCCCACUUUAUUAGGUUAUCAAACCUGAUUUGCUGAGGGAUGGCUUUGAGCUUGUGUACAGGUGCUAUCUGUUUUUACAAAUGUCGAAUUGAAGUAUUGUGGUUAAUAAAGAUUGUUUCAAUUUCCUGCUUCUUGUUUCAUAAAUGAAUGCCUACCUACGUGAACUCAUCCUGGAUCUCCUGUUAGGCAAACAUCAUUCUUCCUUAUUUUAUUCUAAGGAUGAGCUAGAGGAAAAAGAUGGCACUGAUUCCUAACUUAUCUGGGCCUCCUAAGUGAGCCACAACUUUUCUUCAUGGAAGAGAAUCUAAUUUUGUGAACAUGAAUUUGCAUUCCUGUGAACAAGUGCUCUUGUUGACAAAUUGAAAUUCACCAUGUUUCCACAAAGAAGAUCUCAAAGGCAAAAAUGCAUAUUCGCAUAGGUUUGCAUUCACUUAUGCCAAUCUGCAUUCAAGAAGAGAAUGUUCAAUCAUUCAUGCAAAAGUUCGUAUAUUGUACAGUAAAUUUGUAAAUUUAAUUCAGAAUAUAUUUUUCUUAGAAUAUGUUCUUUAUUAAUUAAUUUAUUCUGUGUUUUUUAAAAUUUCAUUUUUAUAUUUCUGCUUAACUUUGUCUUGUCUUUUAUAUUGUAACAUUGUUUAUAUGAAGUAAGUCUAGAUAUAUUCUAUUUUUUUAAUAUUUAUUUAUGAUGUGCUUAGGGACUUAUUGUCACUAAUUAUUUAAUGAAAUGAUUUUAUGGUCAUCGGAAUUACACCCCUCAUGUUGUAUGUGAUAAUAUUUGUGUUCGUUUAUCCCCAUAUUAUUGGCAUUAAUCAUUUAUCUACAGACGCAUACAUUUCAUCUCCAGUUUUGGCCUAUUUAGAAAAUAUUCUGAUAGAACCCUGAACCGGAAUAACAAGAAUAACAUAAGAGAGGAUCAAGCAAUAGGAGAAGUAAGAAGCUUAGGACCCUCGAAGGAACUCUAGGCGACUGAAAGGUGGUCGUUCAGGAGGGCCAACAAUCUCCCCUGCUGCAACAACAUCCCCAUCUGCCCUGGCUCAACCCAAUACCUUCCCCAUACUGGGGAAAUGACUUAAUAGCCCUUUUUAAUUGGUCCUGAGAUAGUUGUUGGGGUUUUUUCUCCUUCUGGAGUAGAGUAGGCUCACCAGUGGCCUAUCAUAUUCUAACUUUGGUCUUGCCUGGGUAUCAUCUCAUGCCUCAGCUUCUCACCAGGAAAUGAGAACUGCCGAUAACUGCAGUAGUUGCUUUAAAAAGCCAUAGUUUUUGUGAUAAUUAGACAGGUUGGAAAACAUGGACUGAAACAGAGGAAUGUUUCCUCUGUCACGACGAUAGAGGGAAGGAUUGGUGGAAACCGUCUCAACUACUCAUUAAUAUCUAACACCCCUUAAAUAGGGAGGGAACGCUUCAUACUCUUUUCCGAGAUACCCUCAGUCCUUUAUGGCAUUCCCUUAUGAAUUGAAACUUCCAACAUGACACAUGAAGAUCUUGAUUUCUUCAGCUAUUUUCUAUGAUUGGCCUGGCUGACACACUAGCGUUCUAUUAACUUUUAGUUCAUCUGUACGGAAAUUUUUUAAUCAUUAGCCGGCCUGAAACACACGCACAGAGAUCCAAAAUCUAUAGACUGUCUUUUUCCUCGUCUUAGAAUGAGACAAAACUUGAAAAGUGUAUUUAAUAUGGUUUUGGACUUGUGAAAACUAUAAGGGAAGAAAGUUUGUAGCUAUCUGACUUCAUUCUAGAUUUCAAAGCAUUCGACAAAAGAAAAAAAGUAGACCUUUUUCUCGAAAAUUAUUCUUUUAGACUGUGUUUUUAGCUUUAUUCACUGAUGUGUUUUGUCUAUUUCCCUUGCCAUUUGCUGUAUAAGCAUCUCCCUCACAUCUGAUGGGCCAUACCUUGAUUGCAUUCAUUUUCCUCAUUUAAUGAAAUCAUAUAUUUGAUUUGGAAAGAAUGAGCCAAUUAGCAAAUAUUGUAUUAGUGUGAUAAACCCUCAUUUCAAUGUUAUGCAUGCUCCUUCUUAGUUUGGCAAAUGAUAUAAUUGUAGAACACCUGCGUUUGCCAACAAUUGGCUGCAGGAUGAGGUACUAGUGCUAGAAGCACCUCAUUUUAAUGCUGUGCCUGACUGUGUUAGGUCAAUGUGGGUCCUCAUCUUUUUUUAUCAUAGAAUACAUUUUGCGUGUUUAUGAUGACGCUGGCGAGGCAGACAUCAUAUGAAUCCCAGCUCAGAUCUAAUCAUUUUUAACUUCAUCUCGGAUACACCUUGUGAAUCCCAGCUCAGAUAUAAUCAUUUUUGACUUCAUCUCAGAUACACCUUGUGAAUCCCAGCUCAGAUCUAGCCAUUUUUUACUUCCAUCUCGGGUACACCUUAUGAAUCCCAGCUAAUAUCUAAUCAUUUUUUACUUCAUCUCGGGUACACCUUAUGAAUCCCAGCUCAGAUCUGAUCAUUUAUGGGCAAUGUUAACCUUCAGACUUGGAAACCUUUUCAAAGGAGCCACUAAUAGUUACUAGUUUCAAGCAUUAACUCCAUGAUUCAGUUUCGAGAAGUUCAUUUCGUUUGUCCUCUUUGCAAAGAUUAUUCUUAGGAAGUUUUUCAUAAAUUCGCACUGCAAUGAUUUCAUGAUUUCCAGAGUAUCAAUUUAAAGGAUGUUUGAAUUAUUUCUAUUUUUCUGUACAGGGAAGGACUGGAAGUCACUGAUGAUGUAUCGAUUGUGGAGCACCUUAAACAUCCUGUGUACAUAACUGAAGGAUCUUAUACAAAUCUCAAGGUAUUGAGUUAGGAAGUGACACAUGCAUAACUGUCUUGAAUUUCACUCUGAGUUUUGGAUGGGUUGGGAUUUUCGUCAGAUAUUUAUAGAACUGGUAGAACAGCACACUGCUGAUCCUGGUCCAGAUUGGAUCUUCCCUGAUCCGAGCUAAUUCAUCUAGAUCAACUCAGAUGAGAAAAAAACACCAGAUCUAAUUUGUCUAUUGGCUAGGUGGAAUUUGGAUCAGCCUCUCCCAUGGACAAUGAACUGUACCCAAGUAGUGAGGAAGAUGUGUACCAAACUUUGUUAGUUUUGGAUUGUUUUUUUGGCAAACGCAUGUAUUUCCUUACCAAUAUUUUUGAUCAAUUCACUGAUUUUUCUUGCAGGUCACUACCCCAGAUGAUUUAUUACUUGCAGAGAGAAUCUUGAAUUCUUGA